CCAUUCCCUGGAUGUGUUUUAAAAAAAAGACUGGUUGUGGCACUCCGUGCCGUGGUCUAGUUGGGGUGUUAGGACAUGUGUUAGGGUUGGACUCGAUGAUCUUGAAGGUCUCUUCAAACCUACUGAUUCUGUGAUUCUGUCUGUGAUGUCGCACAAAACCGGCCGCGGCGGCGCUGGAAGCGAAGGACAAGCGGGACACGGAGCCGGGACACUGUCCCAGGACACAGCUACAGCCCGGCGCCGCGGAGCGCCAACCGCGUCCUGCCCUGGGCCGCCGAACUCUCCCAAGCGUUUGUUUUCGUGAAACACACAAUCAACCUAGGGUCGCGAGCCUGGGCAAUGAGCGGGCGCGAGGGGCGGCACGGCCGCCGGGCGGAGUUUGGUGUCCCGUUACCGCCCGCUCUCUCCGUGAGGGCGGCCGUGGCGCGUCCCCUGGUCCCCGGGGAACGCGGCCCUGGCGGCGGCCGAAGGGUGCCCAUGGUGUAGGACAGCACCGGAGUUUGGGCUCUCCAAGGGCUCCGGGGCAAGGGAGCUUCCCGGUUAAUCUCAGUUUUACCUCGUUGUAUGAAGAGACACUUGGAACACCCAGCGUCUGAGAUGGCUGAAUCAGAAUCUCAGGAAGGAAACUAUGAUAACAGGGGAAACAAGGUGGAGAUCUUCAAAACAGACAUGGAAGAACUUAUGGAGAAAAUGGAAAAACAAACCGUGUGUGCAGCCCAGAUGGCCUAUGACUGUGUAGCUAUCCGGACCGACCCAGACCUACACAACGCCAUGCAGCACUUGAAAGAUGUCUUCCUGAUAUGCAAAGAGCAGAUGGAAAAGAAAUGGCAAGACGUUCUAACGGAAUCUAGAGGUGAUGGGCAAAAAAAGGAAUAAACUGAACUUGGUCAUGCUGGCAGAACAACAUCCCUUGGAAAAUCACUUAGGUCCUUUUUUUCUCCCAGCUGUGAAGAUUUCACAGGCACUGUGGGAAAUGGAUUUUCUUUCCUCUUGCUAAGAACUCAUUUGUCAAUGUCUGUGGAUGUAUUUUAAUAAGAUUACACAUAUAGCUUUGUAUAGCUGAGUGUAAAAAGCAGCAAUGUGUUAUUUGCAUGAUGCCCAUCAGUAAUCCUAGUAGUGUUUGCACACACAAUUUAAAGACCCUCUGUCCUCUUCCCUGGAAGAUCAUAUUCAUUCUGUGGUCAGUUUAACUGGAAUUCUUUGAGACCUGAAGAAACUGGAGGGAUGCUGUAGAGGACCAUACAGUGGCAUUGUGCCAGCCUAUGCCUUGCUUCUUCUUCAAAAUGAAACACAGGUGAAAUUCUAGAUUGGCAGAUAGAUUGAGUUGGUUUUAUUUAGGAUUAUCAUCUAAGUGUUCAGUUACACAGUUUUAUUAUUUAGAUAGAUCAUCUAUAGGUGUUUCAUCUUCUUUCAUCAGAUUUUUAACCAUUUCUUUGAACUGGUUUCCCCAGAAAGAUUGUUCGUCUCAAACCCUCUGAAGCUAGCAUGCAAUAAAUUUUUUUUACCAUAAUAGA